AUGAACCCCACACUGGGCCUGGGCCUGCUGCUGGCCAGCCUCCUGGCUGAGGACGGCCUGGUGCGGGCUGGCUUUGCUCCUAAGGUUCUGGGCACGUGGAAGGGAAGGGCGGCUGCCCAGGAGCUGUCCAGGCGCAACGCGGACUUCGGCUUCAAGCUCUUUAAGAAGCUGACCUCCCGCAGCCCGGCCAGCAACAUCUUCAUCUCCCCGCUCAGCAUCUCCACGGCCUUCUCCAUGCUGUGUCUGGGGGCGCAGGACUCGACGCUGGCCGAGAUCAAGCAGGGCUUCAACCUCCAAAACCUGCCCGAUCGGACCCUGCACGAGGGUUUCCGAGAUCUCAUCCAGCGGCUCAGCCAGGCCCACCACGGCCACAACCUGGACCUGGAGAACGCCUUGUUCGUAGACAGGAAGCUGCAGCCCCAGCAGAAGUUUCUGACUAAUGCCAAGAACCUGUACGGUGCAGAGACCAUCACCACCAACUUCCAGGACCUAAAAGCCGCACGCAGGGAGAUCAACGACUAUGUCAGUCAGAAAACACGGGGCAACAUCAAUGAGCUCAUCCGCCACAUCAUGCCCGGAACCCUGAUGCUCUUGACUAACUGCCUCUUCUUUCGAGGCAGGUGGCUGCAGGAAUUCGAUCCCAAUGCCACGAAGGAGGAGGAUUUUCUUCUGGACGGGGACCAGACGGUGAAGGUGUCCAUGAUGCACCACGGCGGCAUGUACGAGGCGGGCCGUGACGACCAGCUGCCCUGCUCCAUCCUGGAGAUGCCCUUCCAGGACAACAUCUCGGCCGUCUUCAUCCUGCCCGACGAGGGCAAGAUGAAGCAGGUGGAGGAGGCCCUGAGCGCCAGCACCUUUGAGCGGUGGAGAGGCCUCCUGAACCGCAGGGUCACAAACGUGUCCUUGCCCCGGUUCUCCAUCUCUGGCACCUAUGACCUGAAGAAGACCCUCUCCUACCUGGGAAUCCGCAAAAUCUUCGAGGAGCACGGUGACCUCACCAGGAUCUCUCCUCACCAGAACCUGAAAAUUGGUGAGGCCGUGCACAAGGCAAAGCUGAAGAUGGACGAGCACGGUGCGGAGGCGGCCGCCAGCUCCGGGGCCCAGACGCUGCCCAUGGAGAAGCCCUUCAGCAUGAAGAUGAACAGACCCUUCCUGCUGGCCAUCAAGGAGAAGACCGUGCCUGCCGUGCUCUUCCUGGGCAAACUUGCUAACCCUUCUGGGAAAUAA